ACCUCUCACUGAAAUGCUUUAAAUCCUAAUAUAAGUCAGUAAUAUUGAGUAUCUCUUAUGUUCCAGGUACUUUCCCAAGUAGUGGGGAUAUAACAGUCAACAAAGAGGGAAAACUUUGUGCCUUGUAGAUCUCGCAUUCUGUUUGGGGUGAAACAUAUUAAAUAAAUGUAAAACACAUUAAGUUAGCUGGUGGUAAAUGCUAUGGGAAAAAAUUAAGCAAAGAAUAGGAAUAUGGAAGAAGGGCUCUUUUAAAUAAUGUGGUAAAAGAAGGGGCCAUAUUGAGAAAGGAGUACUUGAAGUAAACCAUGCAGAUAUCAAAAGAGAAGAGCAAAUAAUUCCAUGAAAAGGGGAGAGUAACUACAGAGUAUGGAGCCUGUUUGAGAGACAUCAAAGAGGGUGGUAAAUCUGGAAUGAAAUGAAUAAAGGGAAGAUAUGUAGAAAAUGAUUCAAGAAACAUUAGGGGUUCUUAUUUAUAAGACCUAGUGGGCUAUUGAAUGAACGUUGGUUUUUACUCUGAGUAAGGAACAUUUUGAAGAAAGAAGUAACAUUAGUUACCUUGUGUUUUCCAGGCUUUUUUUGGACAAUACAUUUAAAGUAGACUUCAGGUGGUCAUGGGAGAAAACGGAGUCUGUUGUAGCAACCCAGGCUAAAAUUGAUGGCAGCUUUGACCAGGGUAGCAGUGAAUGUAGUGAAAAUGAUUAGAUUCUGAUUAUAUGUCAAAUGUAGAAUUGAUAAGAUUUGUUGAUGGAUUGGAUGUGGAGUGUGGGUGUGUGAGAGAGAGAGGAAGUCCAGAGUGCCAUAAGGUUUAUUUGGCUAGAGCAAAUGUGAAGAGGUUUAAUUGUCUAAGUAAGUUUUACAGAAAGUAAACAUGGUACUUCAGAGGACAUUGUCAUUGUCAUGGUCAUAAAAAAGGCAUUGAAGAAGAGAUAGUACCGGAAUUGCAUCUUUCUGGGAUGUAUAUGAUACAAGUAGUUAGAUGGGAAGUAUGAGAAGAGCAACGACUUACAUUAGGAAUGAGCUUGAGAUAUUCUGGGAGCUGUAGGAAGGCGAGAUUCAUUUUUGAUGGUCAACACAUUUGGAUACGGGGACCCUUAUGGCUAGGCUUAAAGAUUUGAGCAGAAAACCCUGAGCUGGAGCGGGGGAUGAUGGCCGCCCAGGUGCUGACUCUGUUGGGGGAGAUGUCGUGGCUGGAGGCACCGCUGGAGGAGCUGUGCGAGCUUCAGUUGGUGCUGCAGGCCGUGCCGCUCAGCCAUCUGCGUGAGCACGCAGUGGAACUGCACCUUGGCCCACUUUUCUCCCUGCUCAAUGGGAACCAACGGGAACAGACUACUUUGUGUGUAUCCAUUCUGGAGAGAUUGCUCCAAGCUGUAGAGCCAAUUCACUUGGCCUGGAACCUCAGGAUUGAUCCGCAGAAGGGACUGACCCACCCCAAUGACUCUGUAAAAAUACUCACUCUAUCCCAGGUUGGAAGAAUUGUCGAAAAUUCUGAUGCUGUUACUGAGAUUCUAAGUAAUCCUGAAUUACUAAAACCAAUUGUUUAUUUUAUUGGUGGAGAGAAUCUAUUUGUAGCUAAAGCAGCCAUUAAAUCCCUGUCAAGAAUAUUAUUGACCCAAGCUGAACUGGAGGCUUUAUUUGAAAGCAGUCUGCUGGAUGACUUGAAAACUGUAAUGAAAACAAAUGAUAUUGUUUGAUAUAGGGUCUAUGAGCUAAUUGUGGGGAUUUCAUCUGUGUCACCAGAAUCUUUAAACUACUGUACCACCAGUGGAUUGGUGACCCAGCUCCUCAGAGAACUGACUGGUGAGGAUGUGCUGGUCAGAGCCACCUGUGUAAAAAUGGUGACAUCACUGGCAUAUACUCAUCAUGGACGGCAGUACCUUGCUCAAGAAGGAGUAAUUGAUCAGAUUUCUAAUACAAUUGUUGGGGCAGAUUCUGACCGUUUCUCUAGCUUCUACUUGCCAGGAUUUGUGAAGUUUUUUGGAAACCUGGCUAUCAUGGAUAGUCCUCAAAAGAUCUGUGAGCGUUAUCCUGUUUUUGUGGAAAAAGUCUUUGAAAUGACAGAAAGUCAGGACCUCACCAUGAUUGGCGUAGCAGUAGACACAGUUGGAAUCCUGGGAUCCAAUGUUGAAGGAAAACAGGUUUUGCAGAAGACAGGAACUCGAUUUGAAGGCUUACUCAUGAGAAUAGGAUAUCGCAAAGAUGCCUCAACAGAGCUCAGACUUAGGUGUUUGGAUGCAAUUUCAUCUCUUCUUUAUUUACCACCUGAGCAGCAGACCGAUGACCUCCUGAGGAUGACAGAAUCCUGAUUUUCUUCCUUAGCUCGGUACCCACUGGAGCUCUUUCGUGGCAUGAGUAAUCAACCCUUUCCUGAACUGCACUGUGCUGCUUUAAAAGUGUUCACGACCAUUGCAAACCAACCCUGGGCUCAGAAACUUAUGUUUAACAGUCCUGGUUUUGUAGAGUAUGUGAUGGACUGGUCCGUGGAGCAUGACAAAGCUUCAAAGGAUGACAAAUAUGAACUGGUGAAAGCACUAGCCAAUUCUAAGACAGUUGCAGAAAUCUUUGGGAACCCAAAUUAUUUGAGGCUCAGAACUUAUCUGAGUGAAGGUCCAUACUACGUGAAACCUGUCUCCACAACAACAGUGGAAGCAGCUGAAUGA